AGCAAAUGUACCAUCGUGCAGAAAUACAUCUGCCUCGAAAAAAGAAGGUUUGGGAGUCCUUCCACUCAAACACAUUCAGGAUAUUUGAUGAAACAUUGCCGGAGCGUCUUGAUCCAACUAAUGUCUACCAGAAUCAUAAAUAUCCCACCAGAGACCUGCAACAGUCAGAGGUGUUAAAGACCCGCAAUAUUCCACAUCCUCACUACGCCAAAUUCAUCAGGAAUAAUGUCAGAUUCCUUAAUGAUCCCAUUGCUCAUAUGGAAACACAGCAUACUAUGGCGGAACAGUUUAACUGGUGGUCAAACAGUUUUAGCCGUGAUGUAUCCAGAAAAGCCCCAUACAGUAAAGCCAGCACACAGAGGAGUGACUUCCAGCCUAUUCGAGACGUUCCGCUUACCAGAGUACGAGAGGCGGACAGACCCUCGGCCACAAGGAUCAUUCCAGCUCUAUGUUCCCUUGAUCAGCUUUGUAAUGUCCAGAAUCAUUCUACAAGUCAAGAUCAAAUGACCGCGAUACCAAAGAAAGCGUCACGGAGCGUUCGUGUGGAGAGAUGGGAAGCGACGGGGCCAAGCACAUUCCACAGCGCAGAGGGGUCGCGUUUGCCCUCAGCAGGGACGGCAAACCUGCUGAACUGCUCUCAGCUUAACUUGGUUUCCGCUCAACAGAUGUGGGAGCACGGAGAGGCCCACUCCAUCCGGCAAGAGCCCUGAGCUGAUGGAGGGGAAUGCCUCUCAGUCGGGUGGGACUGCAGAGAAAACUGAACUCUCAAAGACUUUUACACUACGCUUAUCAGAACAUAAAUUCAGCAACUCGUCCCUCCUAUUCUUUUCAUAAAUGGUAAAAAGAAUCUGGGUUACUGUGAGGCACUUACUGCAGUGAUUGUUACAAAGAAAGUAAUUCAUGUUUGGUAGGUAAGUGUGAAAAGCACAUCAGGGACAAUAGGGACUGAGGUCUAUAUCCACACUACAGUAACCGUCUCUGUGGUCGCAUUAAAAACACAUUCUGUAAUCCGGCGGUAAAUUGUCUCAUCAAUCUUAUAUGUGUCAGCAGCUGUCAUUCCUUUUGAGUUGGAUCAUGUAAUCUGCAUCUCCAGUUGUUGACUCGCAUCUGUUGCUGCUUGAACCUUAAAGCCUCUUUAAAUGGCAGAUGACACAGACGUGGUCAUAAUCAUUAUCUAUACUGGGACAACUUGAGGGUGUCUCCACUUCUGUUUUAUCUUCU